CUUUAACUGACUCCAUAUGCGGGACGGAUCCAUAAUUAAAUUGUGGCGACCUUCUAAAAUCCUUAUAAAGUGUUUUUGUGUCUUCUGUGGUUUGUUUCUUCUGCCUAUUGUGUUUGUCAACCGUUAUUAUCUCUUCACGUAAUCGCUGUGGAGACAGCGGUGGAUGUGACGUCACGAAGCACAGCAUAAUGAUUCUCCUUCCGGCGCACAUGGUUGCUUGGCUUGUGUGGAUGCAGGAGGCGAUUCCGCAAAAAUGGAUUCGCUGGACAGAGUGGUGAAGCCUAAAACGAAAAGGGCGAAAAGAUUUAUUGAAAAUAGAGCACCAAAGCUCACAGAAAAUACAAAGAAUGCCAUGUUCAUUAAAGGUGGAAAUGCAAGUUCAACGGUUACUGAAGCGCUCAAGGACAUUUAUGCUCUGAAAAAGCCAUUUGCUGUUCUAUAUAAAAAAAAAAACAUUACAAGACCUUUUGAAGAUCAGACAUCAUUGGAAUUUUUUUCCAAGAAGUCUGACUGUUCUCUGUUCCUGUUUGGAUCACAUAAUAAGAAGAGGCCUAAUAAUCUGACAAUAGGUCGUAUGUAUGAUUAUCAUGUCCUGGAUAUGGUUGAGUUGGGCAUUGAGAAGUUUGUACGCCUCAGAGAUCUCAAGAACAGCAAGUGUCCUGAAGGAACAAAGCCUAUGUUGAUAUUUGCGGGUGAUGCCUUUGAUUUAAGUGAAGACCAUCGAAGAUUAAAAAGUCUUCUAAUUGAUUUCUUCAGAGGCCCUACUGUGUCCAAUGUACGCUUGGCAGGUUUAGAACAUGUUCUUCACUUCACAGCUGUGGAUGAAAAAAUCUAUAUGAGAAGUUACAAAGUAUUGUUGAAGAAGUCUGGUUGCAAAAUACCAAGGAUUGAACUUGAAGAUAUGGGACCUUCACUAGAUUUGGUGAUAAGGAGGACUCAUUUGGCGUCAGAUGAUCUUUAUAAGUUAUCUCUAAAGCAGCCUAAAGCUCUCAAGCCAAAGAAGAAGAAAAAUAUCUCCCAUGAUGCAUUUGGUACAAAAUAUGGACGGAUCCAUAUGCAGAAACAGGAUCUAGAUAAACUGCAGACUAGAAAAAUGAAAGGAUUAAAGAAGAGGCCAGCUGAAAUUAAGACUGGAAAUAAACACAGUCCAAAGAAAGCAAAGUUGGGAUGAUAAACUGGAACUGGGCUGCAUACUUGACAAUGAUGCUGUUUUGGUUUUUAAACACCAUAUAUUCCUGAAAUUAAAUUCAGUGUUCGGUUUGAACAAGCGAUUGGUUUAAACUGCCUUUUCUCAGUGCAGUAGUAUCUGUGAUCCUUGUAAUCAUUUGUGCUUUUAAAGAUUAUUAAAAUAUAUUUGUAUUUUGA